UGUGCCAGCCGCAUAAUCACGCAGCGGCAGCUCAACGGGAGGACAGAAAAUCACAGGAAUGCGUGCAUGACCGAGUUUUUUCCGCAACCCGACGCGCUGCACUCAUGAGAGGACGUGGUGGGCCGGCUCAGCGUGGGACCUUGAAGCACCCUGGUUGAACUCUGAACCGUAACCAGUGACGUUCUGCAACCAUGACGGCCAUCAAUGCACCUCGAGACAAAUACAAUGCAGUAUGGAUCAUUUUCUUCAUCCUGGGCCUGGGAACCCUCUUACCAUGGAAUUUCUUUAUGACGGCAACAAUGUACUUUACCAGUAGACUGAAAGAUCCAUCAACUAAUAUCACCUCUCUGGAGAUCAAUAAUGAGACUGUUCCUGACGGGGAUCCUCGCAAUGUGCUGGAGUCCAAGUUUAACAAUGUCAUGACCCUGUGUGCCAUGGUGCCUCUGCUCAUCUUCACCUGCCUCAACUCCUUCAUACACCAGAGGAUUCCUCAGAAGCUGCGGAUCUCCGGCAGCCUGACGGUCAUCCUGGGGGUUUUCAUGUUGACGGCGGUGUUUGUGAAAGUGGAGAUGUCUCCUCUAGCUUUUUUCGUCGUUACCAUGAUGAAAAUUAUCUGCAUCAACUCGUUUGGAGCGAUUCUCCAGGGAAGCCUGUUUGGGCUGGCAGGGAUCCUGCCCGUCUCCUACACCGCUCCCAUCAUGAGCGGACAGGGCCUGGCCGGCGCCUUCGCUGCUUUCUCCAUGAUCUGUGCUCUGGCCACCGGUUCAGAACUGCAGGACAGUGCUUUUGGUUACUUCAUCACAGCCUGUGUUGUUAUUCUUCUGGCCAUAGCGUCGUACCUCACUCUGCCAAAGAUGGAGUUUUUCCAGUACUACAUAGAGAGUAACGGAUCCAGACCAUUAGCCGAUGAGGAAAACAAGAUGGACUUACUCAAAAAAGAAAAUUCAGCAGAGAAACGGGCAGUUGUGAAUCUGAUGGAGGAGGAGAACAAAUCCAGCUUUUCUGUGUUCAACAUCUUCAAACAGAUCUGGGUGAUGGCUUUGUCAGUGUGCUUCAUAUUCACUGUCACUAUCGGGACUUUUCCAGCUGUGACUGUUGAGGUCAAGUCGACAGUCGCAAACGGAGGCCGGUGGGACACCUACUUCAUCCCUGUGUCAUGUUUUCUCCUCUUCAACAUCAUGGACUGGGCCGGCAGGAGUCUGACCGCCGUCUGCAUGUGGCCCGGUAAAGACAGCAUCUUGCUUCCCGUCAUGGUGGGCCUGCGCGUCGUGUUCAUCCCGCUCUUCAUGUUCUGCAACGUCCAGCCUCGUUACUACCUCCCAGUGCUGUUCUCCCACGAUGCCUGGUACAUCAUCUUCAUGAUCGUCUUCUCCUUCUCCAACGGAUACCUGGCCAGCCUCUGCAUGUGCUUCGGACCCAAGAAGGUGGCGCAGCACGAGGCGGAGACAGCGGGAGCCAUCAUGGCCUUCUUCUUGUCCCUGGGUUUGGCACUGGGCGCUGCGGUCUCCUUUGCCUUCCGGGCUAUGAUCUAAACUCUCUCGCAAAUCCAUCCGGACAUGUAGAAAAGAGCCUCACUCCUCUCCUCCAUCAUGAACCUGUUUGGGAGGAAACGGCGCAUCACUGGAGGAUGAGAGAACUUCAGCCAUACACUUGUUACUGACUCUUCCAGCCAGCAGGGGCUGAAAUACGUUACCCUCAUUUUAAUUUUAUUUCCUCCAAACCCAGGAGAAGUGUGUAAACUUGCGCUUUAAAUAUUUAUUGGAGAUAUUUUGAAAAUUAUACCACUAAUCAAGUUAUCUCAUGUGAAUCAUUGACGUUGUCCAGCUGUAUUCUUAAAUAUAAGGUGGAUACAAAUCCCAGUGUCAUUGCCAACAAAAUUUAGAGAUUAAAAAACCCAAUGCUUUUAUGUAUAAAAUGUUUUAAAUGUCCUUUGCAAUAAUCAUGUUCUUAGAUAUGAGAGACAACAGUUUGAUGUGAAAACGACGUCUGACCUCAGCUGUGUGAACAAAGCAGAUGCUGCUGCUCAGCUCAUCCAAAUCUAACCAACAGAUUUGAUCUGUAAGCUGUGAUCGUCAAAAUCUUUGCACAUCAGAUGCUAGUGGUACUGAACUGUUAAUGUUGUUAAAUGAUCUAACAAAACCAAAAGUUAACUGAAGGGAAGCCGUGACCCAUCUGAACUGAGCUGCUUCGCUCCGUCUACGCCGUCGGGGUUUUAAUGACUCGGGUCGUUCGUGUUCUUUAGUUUCCUCGUAACAAAUCAGUGUGAAGACUAACUACACCUUAAAGACGGGGUUUUAAUCAGUAAACUGUCUGCUGGAUCCUCGUCGUAGCGAGUGUUUGUAGUUUUAGAUCAAGCCAUACCCAGUCUGGAUUUUACUUCAUUUAGAUUUUCUGUCAAGAUUUUCCUGUUUUAUUUUUGUUUUGUGGUGUUACUGAUUUAAAAGAAAAAGGAGGAAAAAAUGUGCUUUUCCACCAAUGUUGUAAAAGCAAUUUUGAUAUGCAAAAAAGCGUGCAACAGUAAAAUGAAAUGUGCUUUUGAGACUGUUAAAUUUCACUCUGGGCUCUUCUAGCUGAACAUAGGUUUUAUACCAGGGGUCGUUUUUGUUGUGUUUAAAGUUCAGUCUAAGAUGUAUUUUUAUUAUUUGGCCAUUUGAUGCUUUUUAUGUCUGCUUUAAGUGUACACAUUCACUAUAACAACUACCGGCAUAUACAUCAAAAAAGCCUGCUUGUUUAAAAGCACAUGGUUGGAUUUUGUGUUUCGGAGUCAAAGAUAAUCACCAUUAGUUCCGUGAGUUUCUCAUUUCAGUCCGAAAACAGUUCUGCCUGGAAAAUAAAUAUGUAUUUUUAAAACUCU